GGUGCAGAAACAGACUCGUGUAAAUCGUGAGGAUUUUUGAAUUUAUUAUUUACUGAACAUGAUUUCAUUAAAAUUCGCAUUUAUUCCGUUUAUAAUACUGCUCAAUAAAGCAGUGGCGGUUGAAUUGGAUAAACUAAAUCGGCUUUUUAAUAAUGAAACCGAUGGUAGUGUGGAUAAAAUCGAAGUUUGCCGAACUGAUGAUUGCCAACAAAUAGCCGACGAAUUGCUGAGGAGUUUAAAUAAAUCUGCUGACCCGUGUGAUGAUUUUUAUGAAUACACUUGCGGUGGCUGGAGUGCGGAAGACAAUAUUCCAGCUUAUUUACCUUCUUGGAGCCGCAUACAAUUAUUCCAGACUGUUGUUUUUCAAAGAAUCAAAGGAAUAAUAGAAACUGAAGUGGAUUCGAAUGAUAUUUUACCAAUAAGGCAAGCCAAGAAAUGGUAUCACUCGUGUAUGGAUUUAGAAAGUAUCAAUAAAUAUGGACUGAGAUCAUUGGAGUCGAUUUUAAUGCAUGGGGGUGGCUGGCCAAUGGUUAUGGACCCCGACGAAUGGGAUCCUGUAGAAAACACAUGGCAGAGAGUUGAACAAUAUUUUUUCCAAAUCAGAGGUUCCUAUGUCUUCUAUGACUUGAACCCACCCGGCUUUGGUCAGAAUACAGAUGACGUUCUACUGAUUAAACCAGCCAAUGGUCCACAGGUUCGCCAUUCCGAAUUCUCAUUUAGAGAUUUUCACAACAAUAAAUAUGAAGGCUACAUCGAUUUUGUGGCCCAAAUAGCCAAGAUGUUUAUCAAACAUACCCAAGCCAAUAUAUCCGACGAAACGAUUAGAAAAGACGCCGAGGAGUUGGUUGAAUUUGAGAAAGCUCUGAAUUCUAUCUCUGUACACAAAAUGAUGACCCUGCAACGAAAUCUUCCACUUGACGAACUUGUUACGUACUCUGUAUCAAACGAUAAGCAAAUGGAGUCAGAAAACGGUGAAGCAACAGUAAAUUUUAAAAAAUUAGUUGAAAACGUUUUAGGUUUGAUUGGUAAGGACUAUGACGGCUCAAUGAAUGUCAUCGUUAGAAACAGAGUUUAUUUAGAAGAAUUGCCCUCACUGUUGCAAAAAACACCCCCGCGAACAAUCGUUAAUUAUAUUCACUGGCAUUUUGUGUGUAAUAUGAUGAUAUACGUCAGUGAAGAAAUAAGGAAUUUGAUAUUCCGUUUAGAAGAUCAACAACUCGGUAUAAUCGAACGGAAACCACGCUGGCUCGAAUGCAUACAAGAACUAAAACUGAGUGACGCAGCGGCGUAUGCAUUCACUCAAAAAUAUUUUUCGGAUGACAGUGAAAAAAAAGUACGAAGUAUGACGGACGAAAUACGUGAUAGUAUGGAAAAAAUGAUAGACAAGACAAAUUUGCUGGACAAUGAGAACAAAGAAGAGAUGAAAGCGAAGUUGAAAAAGUUGAAAAUUUUCGUGGGAUUUCCACAGUGGUAUAAAAAUCGGACGCACGUUAUAAAUUUAUUCAGAGGCCUCAAUAUCGGGGAUUAUUACCUGGACAAUGUACUCAGCUACCGAAAAUUUUCAUUAAAAGUGGGAUUAAUGAACAUGUUCAGUUCCGAAAACAAAUACGAUGGAUGGGAUUUGGAUCCAAUUACCAUCAAUGCGCGCUACCAAAAUAAUAUGAUAAAUUUACCAGUCGCUAAUAUGCAGCCUCCGCUUUUUACUCUCAACGUUCCUCAGUCAGUGAAUUACGGAAUAUCUGGAGUCAUUAUCGGCCAUGAAAUAAGCCACGGUUUUGAUAAUAACGGACUUUUGUACGAUCAGAAUCACGUGGAGAGAGAACUGUCAGAAGCGACAUCGGAAAUGGUCAAUAAUCGGAAGGAAUGUUUCAUUAAUCAGUUUAAUGAAUUUUUCCGAAAAACAAUUGGAAAUAUAUCCGGGGAUGAGUCACCAGGAGCUAUGACAGUAAGCGAAAAUAUCGCAGAUGCGUCGGGACUGGAGUCCACUUACUCUGGUUAUAAGAAUUACAUGAAAAAAAAUACCGACACAAAAUUACCGGGUUUCGAAGAAUUUACUGAUGAGCAGAUGUUCUUUAUUUCUUAUGGAAAUGUAUGGUGUGAAGCUUUGCGACCACAGUAUGAAAAAAUGUUUGCCCAAGAAGCGACCCACAGUCUCGGGCGUAUAAGAUUACUGGGAAGUAUUUCAAAUACUGAGGGAUUUGCGCGCGCAUUCAAUUGCCCUAAAGGCAGUCCCAUGAAUCCUGAGAACAAAUGUGACUUCUGGGAGGGACCGGGCCCUAAAACUGUUUCUAAAAGAAAAAAACGCGAGUAUCCAUGGGCUAUUAAGUGGUAAAUAGCAUAAUAAUCAACACAAUGUAUUAAUUAUCGAUUGCUGGUAAUCGAAUAUGUAAAAAAAAUUUAAUAAUAAAUGCGAU